AUGUUUAUUAAUAUUUUUUCGAUUGUCCGAGAACAAUUUAUAGUUUGUUCGAGGUUUAUUUGCGUAGCUUAUUGCGCGUUUGCAAAUUAUUUCAUCCGAUCGUUCUCUCACUUUGCAAGGUGAGAUUUUACGUCAAGUUUCAGCCUUAGUCUAACAAAUCUGAACUGAGUAAUGCAUUUUUAUGUUAAAACGAAAUAAAAAAGAUUUUUUAAUCACAAGAACAUAGCUGUGAAACGCAAUUCUUUGGUCACAUGUGGUCACAUGCAACCACCGUGUCCAUUCGCGCAGCGCUCAUGUGAGAAUGAGUCACAUGACUGCAGUUCGUAUCUGUCAACCGUAAUGAGGUCAUUGGUGAGUAACAAAGCGGUACAGCAGCAUGACGCUCAGGGGAGAGGAUUUGACAGGUUAGGACUGAACCGAAUGCCUCCUCUAUCUCGAACACCUUUGACUUUGAUAAACAGGCCGAUUUUCGUUGGCGUGACGUGACACAGAGCUCGCCGUGCUGCGGCGGCGUUCCUCAUCCCCAUCCGUUCUCCGGAUUUACGUACGUGCGUACUUUUACGCGCCCUUUCUCUCCCAUCUGCGAGGGAUCACAUCCCCGAAAAGGAGAGAAACGUAAAUCGGGAGUAAAAACGGGAUAAGCGAGAGAGAGAGGCCAACUGUUAAUGCUCGCGGUAACGAUCAGCUGUCAGCACGACGAUGGAGCCUGGCACGAGCAGCUCGACGGACGAUUACGCGGAGAUAAUACGGAAAUUGCCUCUUCACUUGAGACUAGCCUACGGCACAGGUCAUGUAUUAAAUGACAUCUGCGCUUCCAUGUGGUUCACGUAUCUGUUGGUGUUCUUUCACUUGGUGCUCGGAUUCGAUCCGACUCUGGCCGGCGUUGUGCUGCUCAUCGGUCAGAUAGCCGACGCCUUAGUCACUCCGUUCGUCGGUUUUCAAUCCGACAGAAACGACGACUUCUGGUUGUGCAGAUACGGCAGACGGAAAACCUGGCACUUGUUAGGUACUAUUUGCGUACUAUUGGGAUUCCCUUUCAUAUUCUCGCAAUGUAUAGGCUGUGAAGGUGCGCAUCAGUACGCACAGCUAGUUUAUUACGCCGCUUUUGUAGUGAUUUUCCAAUUUGGUUGGGCGGCGGUACAAAUAUCGCAUUUGGCCUUAGUUCCGGAGCUUACGCCUGCUGAGCACGAGCGAACGCAACUCAUAGCUAUAAGGUUCACAUUUACUGUCUUUUCUAAUGUUCUUGUCUACUGCAUCAUGUGGGCUGUACUACAUGUAACGAGCGAUGAGUAUGAUUCUCAGAUUGGACCCGGUGACAUUUACAAAUUUCAGAAAGUUGUACUAAUUGGAAUAGCAACUGGAUUAGUAGCAUCCUUUAUAUUUCAUGUUGUUGUUAAAGAAAGCGCUAAUGGCGAUGCUAAUGAUAGCUUUUUGCACAGAAACACCAGGACAGCAUCAGUAUUGUUGAAAGAUAUCAGAUUGUACCAAGUAGCGUGCGUUUACAUGCUUACACGAUUAUUCAUUAAUUUAUGCCAGAUUUAUAUGCCUCUAUACUUACACGAGUCAUUGAAUAUGCCUGCUACAUCUUUGGCUUACAUACCAUUGACAAUGUAUCUAAGUAGCUUUCUGACGUCUUUAAUAAUAGAGAAGCUCAAUACAAAAUGGGGUCGAAAAGUCGCCUAUUCCAUUGGUGCUGUACUCGCGAUAUGCGCCUGUGUAUGGAUACAAUUAGGCAAUGGCAACAUGUAUAUUAAAUAUCAGAUCUAUGCUGUAGCUGUGCUACUAGGAUCUGCUGGUGCAAUAAUGUUAGUGACCAGUCUUGGUGUUACUUCCGAUCUAAUAGGAAAAAAUACUGAGAGCGGUGCUUUUGCCUACGGAAUAAUGAGCUUUACAGAUAAGCUUAGUAACGGUCUGGUAGUUAUGCUGAUUCAGUACCUCGUGAAACACUUUUCGUCUGGUUAUGCUAGUUAUUACUACAGAGACAUUCUGACAUAUGUCUGUGGCGUAUCUGCGGCAUUUGCUUUACUGAUGAUUUUAUACAUUAAACCGUUCUCUCGUACUACGGUAUUUGAUACAUUACGCAACGACGAUGAUGAAGGUUUCAUAGAAACUCCAAAUGCGAUUGACGGAAACUCUUCAAACCAAUCUGAAUCCAACGUACAAUAAUAUUAAGUAGUUGAUUUAUAGUUUGUAAAUAUCUAGCAUAAAAUAUGGAAUAUAAAGACAUUUAUUAAGAGGAAAAA